AAAUAGUCCUUCCGAUAAAAGGGCAAACCAGAGAGCUUUUUUCGACGAUAAUGAACUUGGAGCCUACGGAAAGACCGGAGUUCAUAUAGGACAUCUCCACGUCUCCGGAGGCUUGUCGCCGGAUCAACUUCCCCUAUAUCUCACCUCUGAACUUCCGCUUCUCAUCCCAAUUCACCCGUCUUUCGUAGAAACUCACCUCCCCCCGUCGAUUUCUUCCUAAAAUGUCCUCUUCUCCUUGAAGCUCUAGGGUUCAUUAUUUCGUAUUGGAAUCUCUUGGAUCCUGAGAUGGAGAGUCUUCCGAUGGCGACGGAGAAGCAGUUGCUAGUCUCCUCUUUCUUAGAAAUCGCUGUAGGCCAGACCGCCGAGACUGCCAUCCAGUUCCUGCAGGCUACGAGUUGGAAACUUGAUGAAGCUAUUCAGCUUUUCUAUGUCGGGAACGAUGGUGGCGGAGGCGGAAUUUCUUCUUCUUAUGAGUUGCCUCCAGUUGAUCUAAAUUCUAGCGGAGUAGAGAGUGUUGCUGCCUUCAGCGGUGAUGGGAGGGACGCUGAUCCUGAUGGAGUGCGAGCUCCGUUGCCUGUUAAGAGAGACACUUUGUAUGGUGAUGCUUCUUUUAUGAGACUACAACCUAGCUCUGUGGUUGCUUUCCGAAACUUCGAAGAUGAGUCAAGAAGGCCUGUAGUUUGGGAGUCAGAACAAAGUGCUGCAUCAACAGCGAAUGGGCCGCGUGAUAAUCUUGCUUCUCUAUACCGCCCCCCUUUUGCUUUAAUGUAUAAUGGUUCCUUUGAUAAGGCCAAGUUUGAGGCUUCUCUUCUGGACAAGUGGUUGUUAGUCAACCUACAAUCCACGGAAGAAUUUAGCUCUCAUAUGCUUAAUCGGGAUACAUGGUCAAAUGAAGCUGUGACACAAACAAUUCGCACCAAUUUCAUAUUCUGGCAGGUAUAUAGUGACACCAGUGAGGGAAAGAAGGUUUGCACCUACUAUAAUUUGGUCUCAAUUCCGGCCAUCCUGGUUAUUGAUCCUAUCACUGGGCAGAAAAUGCGAGCAUGGGCUGGCAUGGUACAGCCAGAACGUAUAUUGGAGGAUUUACUCCCAUUUAUGGAAGGCGGACCAAAACAACAACACUUUUCCCAUCCUUUUAAAAGGCGCAGGGAAGGAGCUAAGGAUUCUACGGACAUUAUAUCAGAUCGUCUAUUUGUCAAUCCGUACAAAAAAACCGCAUGCCCAGAAAAGCAUCUCGAGGAAGACGAAGAGCUGCUGAUGGCAGUUGCAGCUUCAUUGGAAGGAACAAAGGCGCCCGUGGAGUCCUGUGUAGAUGUCGAGGUAAAAGCUAAAGAAGAUGCCAAAACCAGUUCCAGCGAGGAACCCUUAUAUCCUCCCCUUCCAGAGGAGCCGAAGGGAAACAGGGAGCUUGUUUGUCGGGUUGGCAUCCGUCUACCUGAUGGCCGCCGCGUCCAAAGGAGCUUCCUCCAUUCCGACUCAAUAAAGUUAUUAUGGUCAUUCUGCUCUUCUGAAAUGGAGGAGGCAGGAACUCGUCCUUUCCAUUUCACACAAGCAAUUCCUGGCGCAUCCAAAACUCUCGAUUUUGAGAGCAAUUUAACGUUUGAUGAAGCUGGUCUAUCAAAUUCUUUGGUUUCUAUGCUGUGGGAUUGAAAGGUUGUUUCUUUUAGUUUUGGGACAUUUCCAAUGUCCUGAAACCAUCAUAAUGCGUCAGAUAAUAUAUUGUCUUAUGAAGAGCAAACAAGAUGGGAUGGGAGUUCCUAUUAAUUUAAAAUUUCUCCUGGGGGAAAAAUUGUUUAAAUGUUAACAGUUGAACGUUGUCUAUAUUAUUUACUCGUUAGAUUUGAUGACCUUCUGUAAUUUAUAUGUUAUAUUGUUAAUUGCUGGCAGACACUAUUCCAGAUAAUUAAACAUCUAGUGGAUGUAUUUCUCUUUGCAGAACAUUAUUUGCUUGGAAAUAUUUGGAGGGGUGAGAACGAGAGGUUAUAUUGCAGACG